AUGUAUGCGAAUGGCAGCGCAGCCGACGCGCUGUCUCUAGACGCAGCCGACUACGACCCCGUCCAACACCUCAACCUCCUCUUCGCCCACCCGUCGACCGUGUCCUCCGUCAGCCGCGUCUCGACCACCCUCGCCGCCGAGCAUCAUGGCCUCUCGCGCGACAUCGCCGCCCUGCAGUCCGCCCAGGCCUACGGGCCCGACUCGUCGCUCGAGCGCAUGCAGUCUGCCCAGGCCGACCUGCAGGCCCUGUUCCGCAAGAUCGAGACCGUGCGAGAGCGCGCCAUAAGGACCGAGCAGAACAUCACCCAGAUGACCCAAGACAUCAAGCGUCUCGACGGCACCAAGCGCAACCUGACCCUGUCCAUGACCGCCCUCAAGCGCCUGCAGAUGCUGACCACCGCCUACGAGCAGCUGCGCGGCCUGGCCCGGACCCGCCAGUACCGCGAGUGCGCCAGCCUGCUGCAGGCCGUGCUGCAGCUCAUGCGCCACUUCAACAGCUACCGCAGCAUCGACCAGAUCGCCACCCUCAGCCGCGGCGUUGGCGACCUGCAGCGCGAGCUGCUCGAGCAGGUGUGCGAGGACUUCGAGAUCGCCUUCGCCAAGGGGGAGGUCGGCUCGCGCAAGGCCGUGCUGGUCGAGGCCUGCGGCGUUAUGGACGCCCUCGGUGACAACGCAAGACUAAGACUCGUCAACUGGUACGUGAACACCGAGCUGCGCGAGUACCGCCACGUCUUCAGGGGAAACGACGAGGCCGGCAGUCUGGACAAUAUCGGAAGACGGUAUGCCUGGUUCAAACGGAUGAUGAAGGGCUACGAGGAAGAGCACGCCGCCAUCUUCCCGCCGCAUUGGCGCGUGGGCGAAACGCUAGCCAUGGCCUUCUGCGACGGAACGAGGGAUGACUACAAGGGCAUUCUGGAGAAGAGCAUGCGGAAGGCAGACGGAGCCAAGAUCGAUGUCAACCUGCUGCUGAGCUGUCUGCAGGAAACCAUGGAUUUUGAACAGAGCAUUGAGAGGAGGUUUGCGAGCGAGCCGCGGGCGAGCAUUGACACGCUGAGCUCAGCAGACGAGAGGACCCAAAGCUUCAACGGCUCCAUAUCCGUUGCAUUCGAGCCAUACCUGAGUUUAUGGGUAGAGUCGCAGGACAAGGCGCUCGCAGUCAUGAUCCCGAGGUACAAAGGGCAACCGUUGCUACCAGCCGACGAGGAGUUCUCUUCGCAAGCAGUCAUCAGCUCCGCCAUCGAGCUGUUCCAUUUCUACAAACUCACACUAUCCCAGUGCGCUAAGCUCUCUACCAGCGAACGGUUGCUGGACCUCACCAAGACGCUCGCCAAGUAUCUGGACGAGUAUGCACAGCAAGUUCUGCUCGCGAUUCUGCAGAGGCCCGGACCAUCGGCCGCCUCGGUGGAGGACAUUGUCCUGGUGCUGAACACAGCAGAUUUCUGGCACACCAACACGGGCCAGCUCGAAGAGAACAUUAAGAAGCGGAUAGAUCACGAGCUUGUCGGCAAGGUCGACCUGACAUCGCAAGCAGAUGCAUUCCUAGGCGUUGCCAGCGCUGCGGUUCUCGCACUGGUCAACAAGGUCGAGGCGGACUGUGACGGGGCGUGGCGGGAGAUGAGAAACACGAACUGGAGCAAGAUGGAGAGUGUCGGAGACCAGAGUUCUUAUGUCGGCGAGUUGGUCUCGCACGUCAACUCCAAGGCCCAAGAGGUCCUGGGCGUCGUGGCCAAGCAGCAAUAUGCCCGUGCGUUUGCUGACAACCUCGUCGAGCAUCUGGCCGGCACGUACAUAUCCAACAUCGUGCAGUGCCGACCUGUCUCCGAGGUUGGCGCUGAACAGAUGCUACUGGAUAAGUACGUCCUCACCAAAGCCUUCGAGAAUCUCCUCUCCUACCACAACCCUUCGACGACACCACAUGCUCCUCCUGCAAGCUUCGUCAAGCGCGUCAACGCCACCAUGACGCGUCUCGACCCUCUACUCAAGACGCUCCAGGUCCGCCCCUCACCGCCAGAAGGUCUUGUGCAGGCCUAUCUGAUCCACAUUGGGGACCGGUCCGACACAAACUUCAGGAAGAUCCUGGAGCUCAAGGGUGUGCGGAAGCAGGACCACGCUCACCUGGUCGAGCUUUUCGGCAUCCACCGCGACAGUAAUACCAACAGCAAGCUUGUGGCCCAGAGCCCGCUCCUGACUCCCCUCAUGAACGCCGCCGGGUUGGGAGGGAUAGGAAUAGGCGGCAUAGGUAACCCGGCGACGACGUCUCUCCUGGCAUCGGCAGCGCCGGCGCGCUUCGACCCUACUUCGCUGGGCGAGAAGCUGCUCAAUGCGGCGCGUGACGGCGUUGAGCGGAUGGGCACGCCGUCCUCGCAGCAGCAGCAGCAGCAGCCAGGCCAGGCGACUGGUGCCACGGCGGGGCAGAACGCCGCCAGCAUCAACGAGAACUUGAAGAAUUUCGGCAAGUUCUUCCGCCGAGAUAUCGGAGGUCUGGGCGCCAGGUUUGGGAAGAGGGAGGGGAGCGUGGACGAGACGGGGCGGUGA